AUGAAGUUGUUGGCAGUGACUCUGCUAGCUCUAGCAGUGGCCGCCUCCGCAAAGCACAUCACGCUUGAAGAUGUAAUCCAAUUAGAAAAGAACACUCCAGAAAUUGCCAUUGCCUCUGGUUUUGGAAUUAAUCCUGGAAAUGGUGGUGUGAUUCCAAACCAGCCGCUCAGCUAUGUGGAUUUGCCCGUGAUCUCAAACGAUGAAUGCGAACAAGAUUACGGAUCAAUUAUUCUACCUGGCAUUAUAUGUACGGGUAGCGUUGUCGGCAAAAACAUCUGCACUGGUGACUCUGGAGGUCCUCUAGCCGGCCCAGUAGUGAUUGGUGUCGUUUCAUUCAGACGUGGUGGUGCAUGCGACGGCGGUUCUCCUGCUGGGUACGCCAGAGUUACGCACUAUGUAGACUGGAUUAACGAGCAUCUGUAAUACAUUAAACGUAUUUUGUUAAUAUUUGCCCAUAUUCUGUCUUCUAUUUUAAUUUAGGUAAACUAUAGCUAUAUCGAAAGAAAACAUCCUAACAAAUAUUCUAAAUAACUUACUUUUCAAGUUUUUACUGUGAAGAAAUCAAACUUAUUGUCACUGACUAAUUGGUAACUACAAUUUAUUAGAGCUCAGUAUCUAUGGUCACCCAUGGUGUAUGGUACCCUCCCCCUUCCCCCAAUCUCCUUAACCUCUGAUUGCCCAAAAUCCUCAUAUUCAUCUCCCCAAUCCCUGAAUCCCUAACGAUCCUUAAACUCCUAAU